CGGCUGUGGCUCCAUCCCCGGCUCGGCGUCCCACAGGCCAGUGCGAAUAAGUCUCCUAGCCGUGCAGUAAUGGGGAAGUGAUCGCGGAGAGCGAGAGAGAGAUAGAUAGAGAGAGAGGGGGACGCUGCUGUCUUCAGAAGCCGUGAGGAAGUUGAGGAGUGACGGGAAGCUCCGCGCCGCGCUGGACCGGACACCUCCGCGCAGAGACGCAUCCGGCAGUUCCUGUUGUUGAGUAGCCUAAAAAAAAAAAAAGAGGGCAUAGUGAUGGAGAGAAAGCGUCCCGGCAUGCCGUCUGGAGCGAGGAUGCCCCACCAGGGAGCGCCCAUGGGCCCCCCCGGCCCACCGUACGGCGGGAGCCCGGCGGUGCGGCCCGGCCUGCCCUCCACCGCGUUGGAGCCCAGCCGCAAGAGGCCCGCCUCCUCCCAGCAGGGCCAGCAGCAGCAGCAGGGGGCCCAGAGCCGGUCCAGAAAGAAGCCAGUCGGAUUCCCCGGAGCCAAUGAGAUCCCGGCGAGGCAGAUGGACAUGAAAGAGCCCCAAUCAGAUCCCACGCUCGGAUCAAAUGCUAAGAGAAGGAAAAUGGCAGACAAGAUUCUUCCGCAAAGGAUCCGUGAGCUGGUCCCGGAGUCUCAGGCCUACAUGGAUCUGCUGGCGUUUGAGCGUAAGCUCGACCAGACCAUCAUGCGCAAACGUGUGGACAUCCAGGAAGCCCUGAAGAGACCGAUGAAGCAGCAGAAGCGUAAACUGAGGCUUUACAUCUCCAACACCUUCAACCCGGCGAGACCCGACGCCGACGACUCCGACGGCAGCAUCGCAUCGUGGGAACUGCGAGUAGAGGGGAAGUUGCUCGACGACCCGGGGAAGCAGAAGAAGAAGUUUUCUUCUUUUUUUAAGAGCCUGGUGAUCGAGCUGGACAAAGAACUCUACGGCCCUGACAACCACCUGGUUGAGUGGCACCGCACGCCCACCACUCAGGAGACGGACGGCUUCCAGGUGAAGAGGCCGGGCGACGUGAGCGUGCGCUGCACUCUGCUGCUGAUGCUGGACUACCAGCCUCCCCAGUUCAAGCUGGACCCUCGCUUGGCUCGCCUGCUUGGCAUUCACACCCAGACUCGCUCCUGCAUCAUCCAGGCCCUGUGGCAGUACGUCAAGACCAACAAGCUGCAGGACUCCCAUGACAAGGAGUACAUCAACUGUGACAAGUACUUCCAGCAGAUCUUUGACUGCCCUCGGCUGAAGUUCUCUGAGAUCCCGCAGCGCCUCACCAACCUCCUCUUACCCCCCGACCCCAUCGUCAUCAACCACGUCAUCAGCGUGGAUCCCAACGACCAGAAGAAGACGGCCUGCUACGACAUCGACGUGGAGGUGGAGGACCCCCUGAAGGGCCAGAUGAGCAGCUUCCUCCUCUCCACCGCCAACCAGCAGGAGAUCGCCUCCCUGGACAACAAGAUCCAUGAGACCAUCGAGUCCAUCAACCAGCUGAAGAUCCAGAGGGACUUCAUGCUCAGUUUCUCCAGAGAUCCCAAGGGCUACAUCCAGGACUGGCUCAAAUCCCAGAGCCGAGAUCUUAAGUUAAUGACGGACGUGGUCGGGAACCCCGAGGAGGAGAGGAGGGCGGCGUUUUACAACGAGCCGUGGUCCCAGGAGGCCGUAAGCCGCUACUUCUACUGCAAGAUCCAGCAGAGGAGACAGGAGCUGGAACAGGCCUUAGCUGUCCGCAACACCUAAACAGAGCCCCUCCCGAGGCUCUGCGACUGUCGUGACGUCAUCAUUAACCGCACGUGUUCGGCGAGGUCAAGACCCCGGGGACCACGAGCAUCCUCACACCCACCGGCCCGGUGAACAGAACCUCCUCUUCAUCGCGACUCUCUGCUCUUUGUAAAUACGUCACAAUCACAUCAAGACAAACUCCGAAACCGGCUGCUCACACGGUGCAGCUUUUUUGGGGGGGGGGGGCAUUUCGAAAGAGUUUGUGACGAUGUGACGAUGUGACUCGUCGAUCCGCGGACGAGUCUUCAUACGUCGUGUGUUCCAACUCUGAAGCCGAUUUAUUGUUUGAUUGUGAGUGUGACUUUUUUUUUUUUUUUUUCUUUCUUUUCUCAUUAGACGAGAGUGUUUUUUUAGUUUUUGGUGUUGAGAGAUUGAUUUUAAUUACACCAGCAAAGUCGUGAUUACGCUGUGACACAGGAAUCACGUCUAUCUAUAACCCGGAGGUGCGGAUUCAUUCAUUUUCAGAUGUAACCUCCGGGGCGUCUCAUUCUAGUGUUAAUCACCAGUCAGCAGUGUUAGACGAGUGAACUGCAGUAUUAUCACAUGAUUAUAAGAAUAGUGUUUUAAUGAAGGAGAAACAAGUAUUGAUCGUCAUAAUAAUAGCUUUUUUUUCCUCCCCUUAAUCAUAGCAAAAUGACAAAUAUGCCUAGAUCCAUGUCGGGACUCGUGGACUGAUUAGUUCCGUCGAAGUCGCUCGCGGCCUCUCGUGUCGUGUUUUGUGUGUUUAUGUCCUGAAGGUGUUACCAAAGGUUGCAACGAGAAGAAGAGAACAUGAUCACUGAAAUAGAAGUGGCCGGCAAUCCGCACCUGGGGUUUACCGUCAGACUGCAACGCGUUCCCUUGUAAGGCGGUCACACCAAACAUGAACAAUCUGGGUCGUUCCAGAGGUUUUUUUGUUUGCCUUUUGUAGCCAAUUAGGCCUCAGGAUUUUGUAAACAAACUCUAAAACUGUUAUUGCAAUGAACGCUAAACCCCAGGUCUGCAGGAUUGUGUCCAAUUCUACACUUGUUUUUUUUUAACGGUUACCUGAAGAAGAAAACUGUUUUUUUUAGUUUUUUUAUUCUAGAGAUGUGAAUGUACAUAUGUUUUUCCCCUUAAGAGGGCCAACUGUACAGUAUAUGACAGACUAUUUGUGUGUUGGUUUUGGGGGGCUUUGGGGAGAGGGGAGGGGGGGCUGAGUUUUGUGGUGCAUUAUGGGAGCUCCAUGAGUUUUGAAUUAGUAGGGCAGGAAUGUUAGUGUUCCUCUGUGUACUAUCUUGGGUUGGGGUGAUUUAUUUUGGGUCUAUCCCGUUACUAUCGUGGGAGCUAGAAGCUGCAACAAAGAAAGGCCGUUGCGUUCAAUCUCAGUAGCUGUAACACGUGAUAGAAUCUGCACCGAUCUCCUUUUUACACCUUUUUUAAAAAAGACACUUGACUUGUAUGUAUAUGUUGUAACGUCAGAGGGAAGAUUUCAUCUGUCCGGUCUUCUCCGCAGUCAGUUUCUAGCUGGAACCUUUUCUGGUUUUCUUUGCACUGUGCUGUCGUUCUUUAGUCGGAGGGAGGGGGGGGGGCGAGACCCUCUCUAUGAUCCCAGCACCGCUGGCCUAUGCAUGCUCCAUGGACAUUAAUCAAUACAUCUGAUGAGAUAGUGUGUGUAAAUAUUAAAAAGCUGGCAUAAGCAGUCUGUGUGACGAGCUAAAGGAGUUUUUUAAAUUUAAAAUGCCUUCUGGAAACUUGUUUGCCAAAAAUGAAUAUGCCCUACCAGCAACUAACUGUAGGUGUGAUUUUUUUCUGAACUGUGUUUUUUUAUUAUUACUAGGACUAAGUUAUAAUAACUGCACUCAUUAGAGGAGAACGCGUAGUCAUUGGUAGUAUCUUAGUCCUGAUUUGUCUUUGUAUGGCCAGGGCAUUCACGUUGUUGUCAUACAGUCACUGAUUCACUUGCACCCUCUAGUGGAGGACACUCGCAGCUGCAACUCCUGGGUGACCUCAGCUCAGAGCACCACAGACAGAUGUUGGACUACUGUGUCUCCUGAAGCCCUGACAUACUGUCGACAUGUGUUGCCCCUGCUCCCUGCAUGUGUUUGUGAAGAGCGGGAGCCGCUCCGUCUCUCCGUUCACACUGUUGUCCGAGCGUCACCAACAGGGAGAUGAUAGUAUACCUAACACUGUAUUUCUGUUCACAGCAACACUUGUUUGGUGACUCUACACACACACACACAAAAGAAGAAGAAGGAAAAAAGAAAUAAAAAGGGAAAAGAGCUGUGACAUUGUGAGACAGCCUGGAUGUAAAUAAAGAAGCGCUUGCCAAAGUUUGUAAAUGC